AAGCAGCAGGACCCUUGCGUUCAUGUUAUAUUUUCUACCCGGUAUGAUUUUCCGACGGACUGUCACUAGCGGGCGGUUGUAGCAAAGAAAACUAAAGAGAAAAUAGCUAUGACGUUUUCGUCCUGGUUUUAGGAAUUUACCAAAUUUCAGUCUUCUUUAUGCCUGGUUGUAGGAGUUGGUUUAAAAUGGAGAAGAGUAAUCCAAGCUUUUGCAGUGAAGGAUGUGUUGAUCCAUGUAACCUUGUUGCAGAAGAUGGAAAAAAUACGAAAUCGGUAGUGUGUCAGCGUUGCGGAUCAAAAGUGCUCUGCCCGGGCAUGGCUAUAUUCACGGAAAAGCAGCUCUUUCUACCUUCAAUGAAAAAGAAAAACAGCAUUGAUCAGUCUGACGGAAGUUUAGACGGAGACACAUUAACAGCUCACUGGCUGGUGGAUGACAUGUACACCUUUGAGAAUGUAGGUUUCACCAAAGAUGUAGGCAGAAUAAAAUAUCUUGUGUGUGCCGAUUGUGAGAUUGGACCCAUUGGCUGGCACAGCCUUGAUGAAAAGAAAUGUUUCUAUAUAUCACUGGAUCGAGUAAAACAUGUAUAGAGUGCUUAAGCUUGUUUAGCACAAGGUGAUGUUACAUAGUUUGCUUUCACUUGUUACCUAUUUUUAUUUUAAGCAUGCCUUCCUGAUCACUACAUUGUGAGUAGUGUGUAAAAUUGUAACACGUUUCGUUUUGCAUUUUUGGAUGCAUUUCUUUUUUCAUUCUUCCUAUUCUUCUCAUUCACUUUCUUUUUAAUAUGCUUGAUUAAUUCGUUGUUUGUAAUGACUCUUGAAUGCUAAUGUACAAUAAUUCAGUAAAGUACUUUUAAGGAUUGUUAUUAAAGGAAGUCAAACAUGGCGUUUCAA